AUCGUUGAUGCGCUGGAUCACGGAUCACGGAAAGAGCCGAAGAUGUCGGCUCGGUCAUGUGAUCAGCAGUGUCCAAUCACAGCUGAUCACAUGGGACAUGUACACUGAUCAUCAGGGCACUGAUGAUCAGUGUGCCCUGAUGAUCAGUGUGGCCCCAGAAGUGUCACCUGUCAGUGUCCAUCAAUGCCAGCUGUCAGUGCUCAUCAGUGCCACGUGCCAGUGCCCAUCAGUGCCACAUCAAUGCCACAUAUAAGUGCCUACCAGUGCACAUCAAUGCCACAUAUCAGUGCCCAUCUGAGCUGCCUUUCAAUGUCACCCAUCAGUG